GCCGCCACCUCCUCGCGCCGGGCCCGCGCCGCGCCGCCAUGAAGGCCAUCGUCCAGCGGGUGGCCCAGGCCAGUGUCACAGUGGGUGGUGAACAGAUAAGUUCAAUAGGACGAGGCCUCUGUGUGCUGCUGGGCAUUUCUUUAGAAGAUACGCAAAGAGAGCUGGAGCACAUGGUUCGGAAGAUCUUAAACUUGCGAGUGUUUGAAGAUGAAAGUGGGAAGCACUGGUCCAAAAGUGUGAUGGAUAAACAGUACGAAGUGUUGUGUGUGAGCCAAUUCACUCUCCAGUGCAUCCUUAAGGGAAACAAACCUGACUACCACAUGGCAAUGCCCACAGAGCAGGCGGAGAGUUUUUAUAACAACUUCCUAGAGCAGCUAAGAAAAGCCUACAAACCAGAGCUUAUUAAAGAUGGCAAGUUUGGCGCCUACAUGCAGGUACACAUCCAGAAUGAUGGGCCUGUAACAAUAGAACUGGAGUCCCCAGCUGCUGCUGUUGACCCUAAACAGCUGGCAAAACUUGAAAAGCAGCAACAAAGAAAAGAGAAGACCAGAACCAAGGUACCCUCUGAAUCAAGUAGAGAAAGAAAUGCCCCCCGUAACAAAGAUGACCCCAGUGCAAGCAGUGGAGCUGAAGGAGAUGUGUCUUCAGAAAGAGAGCCAUAGCUCAUCCAAAGCAGGCCUCAGUUUCUCACACAAAAGCUGCACUGGAUCCUUGAGGAGAGACCUAAAAGACAUUCACCUCAACACCACUCUUUGAGGACUUUGGAUAAAAAUGGAAAAGCAGAGCUAAGACAAUAGAAAAUUACAUCAUUCUGUAUUGAAACAACCAAAGCAAUGCUAUCAGAUUCAGUUGUUAAUGUGUAGUACCAGUAGUAAAAAGGACUUGUAACAUUUCUGUGUAUGUGUUUUCACAUGACUGCCGAAUGAAGGAUGGCUGUAGGCAGAUUGUAGCAGAACAUUCACUCUUGGUACAUAAGCUACAUUUCAAAAAUAAAUCAGGGUUUUUCCUUAAACUUACACUUGAAUUCUAAAAGUCAUUCGAGCAAGCUUGUACUUUGAUUGCAGCUCUAUGAUGUCAUGUGCUAUCUGUUUCCAUCUCAGCAUGAAGGUCUGUGUAUAUUUUGGCAUAUUGUUCAAUUGCUGUGUAUCACCAAGUUAGGCAGUCUAGUCUUUCUGCAUGGAUUAAGUUAUUAAAAGGGAAGAUCAGGCGCUAGUUGUUUAUCAUGCGAAACACAUCUGUCUUGUAAACUUUUUUAAAUACAGAAAAGACUUUAUUAAACAAAUGAUGCUA